AUGUGUGACCAAUCAUUCCCCAAAAAGAGACAGCUGGCAGUUCACAAGCGCGUACAUGCCGGCACGCGACCGUACUCCUGUGAUAUUUGCAGUAAAGCAUACACCAAGGGUAUAAAUCUAAGCCGGCACAAACGGAUGCACACCGGCGAACGACGGCACCGUUGUCGGAUAUGUGGCAGAGAAUUUUUCACUUCUGAGCAAUUGGAUCAGCACCGGCUUACCCAUAAAGAUCAGGCUUACAUUUGCGAUAUCUGCAGUAGGAAGUUUACUGAAAACAGUAGUCUCACGCGACACAGACUUAUCCAUGCAGGUGAGAGAUCGCACAAGUGCGAUAUUUGUGGCAAAGAAUUCAUAACUAGUGCUGAACUCACUCGCCACAUGCGCAUGCAUAUUGGCGAGCGUCCGUAUAAGUGUGAUAUCUGUGGCAAAGGCUACGUAGAAAGUAGCAGUUUGAAACGUCAACAGCGUGUUCACAUCGAUAUGAAUCUUGCGGAUCAAAUAUUUAGUUUCGACAUCGGUGGUAGAAAGUUUCUUGAAUCUAAAGAACUUACGCAGCACAAACUUAUCCACAGCCAAGAUUGA